AAUAAUUUAAAGCUGUAAUCAUCUAACCAAUCUUUACAAACAGCUUCGACUCAUUGCCAAUGAAACUUAGCAGCUUUCCGCCGUCAUCAGGUAUUGCUGUUCAGCCAAACGUUCGGUGCUUGGUUGGACUGUAUGGAUCGAUCAAGGAUUCCAGUAUGGAAGAUCUCGAUCGGUUAUUGGAAGAAGACCGAAAUGAACAAGAAAUUCUAAGAUAUGCAAUUAAUCAUGAAGAGUCUGAUGAGGUCCGGUUUUUAGUUGGUUCUCAGUCUUUAAAAGCACAGGGCAGCCAGAUCACCUUAGUGACGCUUGUAGAGUCACUAGAUAUUGAUUUGAAAAAACAAACAUUUGCUCAUCCAGAUGGAGAAAUCACUUCACUCGUUACACUCGCAUCUAGACCAGACUGGUUUGUAUCACUGUUUGCUUCAUAUUCCAGUGAACGACCAGAAUUGCGUACAGGCGCUCGAAUAUGGAGAAUACCUAGUUCUAGUGAAAGCUCAUUGGAGGAUGAAGGAAGUGAAUCAAAUUUUUCGAAGUCACCGUUAGAUCAAAAUUCAUCUACAUUGGGCAAUUCAUUAGAGUAUGUGGCUACAUUGCCGUUAGAUAAAUAUUGUAGUAUUAAAAAGAUCACUUCUCAUCCUUCUACAACAUGUUCAGAUUUAGCGUGUAUUGUUGGACCACCAACAGAAUUUCCUGGUUCAAACGCAUAUCCAUCUCUUGUAACAACUUCAACAAGCUAUUUGGUCAUCCUUCAAGCUCCAUCGGAUUCUAAUUCCGGUGAUUAUCAGAUUAGUACAAGUGCACAGUUAUAUUUGCCGCCUUCUUCUCCAAAUGACGGAUUACGUUCAAGUAUGAAAACGUCAGCUAAUUGUUUAUCAGCUACUGCAUCGCCUAAUGCUAUUCGAUGGUCACCACAUGAACAGUCUAAUCAACUUGCCAUGGCUUUUGAUAAUGGCAUACUCGGUUGGGAUGUUCGCUGCAUGAAGCCUUGUUUCUGGAUGGAAAAUGCUCAUUGGCCGUGUGUUCGUGAUUUGGAUUAUAAUCCCCAUCGUCCCAAUCUCUUACUAACAGGUGGAGAUGAUGGGGUUUUACGCAUUUGGGAUCUUCGCUAUUUACGCACAAGAUAUCGAUGUUUGUACACAGCUGCUGCUGCUGCUGCUGCUGUUACCACCUCUGCUAAUUCGACAAACACCACUAUUCCAAAUGCAUCUGAGCGAAUUAUGCAGUAUGGCACAGAACCAACUGUUCAGCCUUUGUUCGCAAUUCCAUCUCAUUCUCAUUGGAUUUGGUCAGUACGUUAUCAUCCUACACGAGAUCAACUUGUUCUGUCCUCAGGAAGCGAUGGUCGUGUUUGUCUGUACAAUUUACCGAGUUAUUCAUCUGAUGCUCUUAAUAAUGAUGUGAACGAAGUGAAUCAACAGUCUGUUGGUAAUCAUUGUGAAACAGAUGUUCAAUAUGACUCUGAUGAUCAUUCAGUUUAUUCUAAUGAAGAUGAAAGUGAUGGGAAUAAAGAUGGUUUAAUUGCUCGCUUGGAACAACAUGAAGAAAGUGUAUAUGCAGCUGAAUGGAGUCCUGUGGAUGCCUGGUAUUUUGCGUCAAUUAGCUAUGAUGGAAAUCUUCUCAUAAAUCAUGUACCUGAAGCAAUCAAAUUAAAUAUUUUAUUGCAAUCUAAGGAUUAUUAAGUCAAAUACAUUUCUCAAGGUCAUUUCUGUCAUCUAAGUUUCUUAUUUUUGGCGUUUCAUUUGCUUGUUUGUUCUUUACUCUUGAAAAUAUCUACAUUUUUUAGUCUUUACUGACACUCAUCAUAUUUGGCUGUGAUAGGUUUUCACAUACUUGUUUCUUAUGUUCACUUUGAUAAUUAAUAUCUGUGAUCUAUCUUUCAAUGCGUUCUCCUAUUGAAUAACAGCAGCCGUUAAAACGGCUGCUGUAUUUAUGACGAUGAGAAAUUGCAGUUCUUUAUGUUAUAAAUUUCAACCAUAUACAGGUAGCCUCUUUCUUCUACAGUAUCCUCAUAUAUCGUGAUAUCUUUGAACUUUCUUUAACUCUCAUUCUUCAUAGUUUUUCUAAUAUUUUCGAGGUUGACCAAUCACAGAGCAUUUUGGGAUUAGUUUCUCAUAACUUUUAAAGUUGAGUGAGAGCAUCCAUAUGUAUAUAUGCCUGUAAGGUCUUUUGAAGUCAGAAAACUGCCUUGAAUUUUUGUAAUAAUAAACAAACAGAUAGGAACAACAAAGAAGCAGGCGUUACUGCAUACCAGUCCAAGUUGCUACAUGUCAUGUUACCACGUUAAGGGAGAAAGCAGUAAGAUGAAAAAUAAAUUAAUCGAGAAAAAGGUAGUCAAAAGUGGUAAAAAGUUGUGGUAAGAUAACAAGGAAAUGCUGAAUUCAGUAUGACGAUCAAGAGGAGGAUAAUAUGCAGACCUAUCUGCACCGUUGAG